UCAGCCUCUCUGGAAGGCGUUGACGUAAUAAUUUGUGUCGUUCCACUCCCAACUCCGAAUGCAUUGGUCUGAGCGUAACGACCGUCUUUAAAAGCUUGAAUUCUUCCCAGAAUUUCAUCGAUUCUGAAAUUCAGCUCCGUCGUUUCAUCGAUUUCUUUUUCAAUGUUAACUUCAGGACAUAAUUCCAGUAUCUUUUCGUUUAGUCCGUUCACAUACGUUUGCUUUUCUCGAAGAGACUUUUGUAUCGUUUCUAAACGAAUCACCUUCUCGACUUGUUCUCCAUUUUCAUUAAUUAUUUCUUCAAGAAGAGCCGUGGCUUGUUGUUCAAGCUUCGUAAUGGAGGUUCUAUUUCCUCUUCGUAUUGCUAACAAUUUCUUUAAUUGUCCACUGUUACCUUCUGUAUCAGUGGCCAUGAUUUCGUCGUAUUCCGUGCCCCACGUUGGGCGCCAUUAUAUUUUGAACAUAGCUUCGGUAGAGCGUAGACGUGAAUGAAACUCCAUAUCGUUGAUUUUAUCUUUAAAUAUAUACAAAACGUGACUAUAAACAACUAUAACGUAAACGUAACUUGUUAGCCCAUCAUAAAUUUGUAGCGUGACUUUAUCGUAACUUCACUACUUCAAACAACUUAACCUUACAAUAUAGGGCGUGAAUAUAUAUAACGUAAGAAGACUGGGACGAGUUGGAAUCCCCCAUGAUGGCGUGGGUUGCGAAAUAUAUAUUGACUUUACAACAAUUAGAGCUAUAUGGAGGUGAACAGCCCCAAGUUCCUGACGUGCCCACUUUUGCCGAAAUAAGCAAAGAACAACAAAGAAUUCAAGUGGCAUAGACAAGAAUAUUGAGCAUGUUGUUGCUAGUAAGUCACAAUAUAUCAAUUCAAUUUACGGUUUCCAAGCUCAACUUCAUUUAAUGUACUUAUUGUUUGAGCUAUUAUUGUAGAUUUCACGACAAUAUAAAGUUUUGUAAAACUUGUAAAACAUUUGACCGAAAAAUCCUUCGCAAAACUCCGGCCUCAUUUGCUGAUCACAGUCAAAUCCCGAGAAAACUUUCAUGCCGUCACUAUCAAACUAUUAUAUAAUGAAUUUAGUAUGAAUUUCCUCAUAAAGAUAGCAUUAUACUACAUAUUUGAAUUCGAAACCUUAAACUUAAAACACGAACCAUUUUAUAGCUGAAUCUGAUACAUCAACUGCCGAUGCAGAAGAGGAAGCAUUUACAGUAAACGUUUACUACAAUUGCUUACAUCAUUGAUUUGAUCAAGCUUAAAUAAAAUAACAGCUUGUCGAAGUAAAGAAUGCAUCCUCUUUACUGGUCCUUGCAAUUUUCUUGUGAGGAAAAUCACGAUCUACUUGUAGCAGUGUCGUUUAAGUCGUUUGUACUCUUUCUUUGUUAUAGGCAUCUAUGUCCCCAGAUGGCAAAGCCAAAUUCCUGCAACUGACUCCAAAAUUAGUCUUGAACAUUUUUUCAACUGGAAAACACUGUCAAUAUGAAUCUGAGUGAAAGGAAUCAGCAACUGUUCUUCCGAAAUUUUUUUUUAGAUUUUUCGUUUUUCAGUUUUAACCUAGUUUUUCUUUUUCAAGCUUAUAUUUUAUAUUUUUAGACAUGUUUCCUCUCUCAUUGUUAAGAAAAUUAGCAUCAUUUGAGAAGUUCCCUUCAUGAUAGGCAAACAUAUUUUGAUGUCAAAUUUCAUUAAAGACAACUUCCCUAAAUUAGAAUUACAGACUUUGAAUCUAGAAUGUCUAUUUUCAUUUCAGGGCUACUCGUACGCUCAAAAAAGGCAGACGGAGCUAUCAUUAUCAACACCAAGGAGAAGCUUUUUUGCUGCCGGAGCAGUCGGCAUAUUCCCAUGUGGUAUCUCUUCCUUGACAGAAGUUGAAACGCAGCAGGAAGAGACAACCAUAAAGAAAAAGAUAGCUAACAGGAAAAACAGCAAUUACUGCAUAUGGAAAACGUGCCCAGGGAAUGGAGGUACCAUAUCAAGUGCAUCAAAAUGAAAUGAGUGCCACCACAGUCUGAAGAUUGAUAUUGCUUCGACUGUUUGGCAGUAGUACAACAAAAACGACCAACACUGGCAAAACGACACAAAGCAAAGAAGAAAUUAAUAUUAAAACUGAAAAAAUAUGUGAAAUUUUUAAGUAUUUGCAGAAAUAAUGGUUUGAAAUUGGGAGGGAAACCUAUCAACUAGGCGGUGGGUUUAUUAGUUUACUGAAAAAACACUUCCAUGGCAUUGUACUAGACAAAUGGUAUGGGACAAGAGUCACUCAGUCAUAGGGCCAGACUCAUGAAUUUCUGGUAAAUCUACAAAAUAUUAUUUCAUAUGCAUAUUAAAGUAAAUUUCUUUAAUAGUGUUUUUCAGUACAAAAUUCAAUUGCUCCAUACUCAGUACACUACUGUAAAGGAAGAAUAGUAUAUUUUGAGAAUUUUGUGGCAGGCUCCAGCCCCCGCUACCAUACUUUUGGAUAAUGCUCUUAUAUUUAUGUAAUUAUUCAUAUUUCACUAAAUUAUGUUGCUACCAGAGUAGAUAUAUUCAUCAUGAUAAAAUUGUUUACUGUUAUACGAGAAUUGUGCAUAUUAAAUGCUGAAUAUUCUUGUGCCAGCAGUCUCGACCAUUUAAUCAUCUAAAUCAAAUUCUACCCGACAAAUAUAUAGUUUCAGCGAGUCUAAUAAACUAGAUAUCAGGAGAGUAAUGUCCUGCCUAAUAUAAUAAUAUCUAGCAUACAUACAUAACAUGUCUAACAAAUUGUCUCUAGCCAAAGAGAAAAACAAUAAUUAUAGUUUUAAAAUUCACAGUUUCACAAUAUAUUUAAAAUCUCUAAAAAAGCAUAUCAGAAAGGGUUUUGGUACCACUGGUACCUUUGGUACGACAUUUUAUGAACAGUAAUGUGUAAUUAACAACUGGAAAAGUAAUACAUUUGAAAUUACUAAAGAUAGUUAUGAGAAUUGGUUUCGGUACCACCAGAACCUUUGGUACCACAUUUUAUGAACAGUGAAGUAUAAUUAACAACUGGAAAGGUAAUCUACUUGAAAUCUCUCUAGAAAGGCUGUAAGAAUGGGUUUUGGUACCACUGGUACCUUUGGAACCACAUUUUAUGAACAGUGAUGUAUAUAUAAUUCACAACUGGAAAAAUAAUCCACUUGAAACCUCUCUAGAAUGCCUAUGAGCAUAGGUUUUGGUACCGCCGGUACCUUUGCUACCACUUUUAAUAAACAUUAAUGUAUAAAUCACAACUGGAGAAGUAAUUUACUUGAAAUCUCUUGAGAAGCAAUUGAGAAUGGGUUUCGGUACCACCGAUACCUUUGGUACCACGUUUUAUGAACAGUGAUGUAAAAUUAAUAACUGGAAGAGUAAUAUACUUGAAUUCUCUAAAGAAUCUUAUAAUAAUGGCUAUCGGUACCUCUGGUACCACAUUUUUUGAAUAGUGAAGUGUAAUUAACAACAGGAAAAGUAAUUUACUUGAAAUCUCUAAAGAAGCCUACGAAAAUGGCUUUCGGUACCACCGGUACCUUUCUACCACAUUUUAUGAACAGUUUUUUUUUAUAAUUUAAAAUUCUAAACUACAACAAAGCUACUCAAAUACAUGUCACUCAAAUACAUGUCACGCAAGGUCUUCUAGUCUCCAUUAUGAGUGACAUUUACAAUUUUCAAUUACAUCUAAAUAUAAACACAUUAAAGGGAUAGAGGUAAAAGAAACUAAAUCAGGAAUAGUAAGGUACCUCUAGAAAUAUUUACAUACAUUUUUUACAUAAUUUACAUGUUUCAGACGUAGAUCAGCAAAAACAAAAAAGAUUAAGAGAAGGAGUUGCUGCUGUUGUGUUUUCAAUUAAAAGAAUCUCUUAGUGUUUUUAAUGAAGUGAAGUGUGGCCUCCAUAAGAAGUCUAUUGGCAAGUACAUUUAAUUCGUAACUUCCAUAAAGUAUUAGUUCACAAAUUUUCGUUGCAAGGAGGUUUGAAAUUUUGAGUCCAGGGACUUCAGAAAGCUGACCAAAGAGCUCGUUCCGCAUUGCUUGGAACAAAUGGUAGUGCAGGGAUAAGUGCUCGUUGUUUUCAUCACCUGCGCCACAAACACACAAAGGUCUCAGGCAAUCAAAGUUGUGUCUAAAACGGUGUGCGUUUAAAAGGCUGAAUCGCAUUCGAAGUUGGGUUAAGUAUCUUGUUACCGUUACUGUAGAAUUUACAAAGACUGGUUUUUUUGUGGGUCUUAUUAACAUAGAGCAAAAAUGUUUGCAGCCGCUGUGCAAAGAGCUUUUGCGCCUGCAAGCUGCGGCCAAAUGGCGACGCGCAAAAUUUUUCCCGCCAACCGACCAUGUGACACUUUGAUUCCGAUCCAGGCCUCCUGGGAGGUGCAAUGUUAUAGGGUUUUGUGUCACCACAACCAAAAAAGACCUGAGUAUGGCGGAGUGAACUUAAAGCCUGAUCGGCUCAUUUUAUAUACAAAAUUUUACCAUGUGAGUAUGCCUCAAAUAUUGUCAGUUCCACGGAGAAAAAGUUCAAAAUUCAAAUUUAUUUUAUCUCAAAAACGGCACCAUGCCGCACGCUGAUUUUUUUAUUGAUUCAUCUUCAUGCCCCGAAAAAUAAGAUUAUAUUGGUUGGCAUAUUUGGAAAAUUGGGUCACGUUCAUAAUUUCACCGCAAAGAUACCUAACUUUAGGAUUGUCAAUUUAUGGGUGCGAUUGAAUGAUGAUUUAAAACCGCCAUACUUUUUGGGAUAUGCGGUAUAUUCAUGGAAGUUUUUCAUUAAAAUAGAUUGGUCACGAAUGUAAGUAGCUGUUUUUAACGCGAUUUUGAAAUCGCUUCGGUAUUUUUCUAUAAGAGUAGGAAACCAAACAAAAGCGAAAUUUUGAAAGGUCAACAUGGGAAGUUUUGUUCGAUAUUUGAAUUAACGAUCGUGAAAAAUUUCCACCAUGCCGCAUCCUGAAUUUUUGUAUACUUGUAGUCAAAAGUUCAAUUUUUUUGUAUAUUGUCUCCUUCAGAGGCGGAAAAUUGGGUAACGCUUGAAAAUUUACUUUUUAAAUUGUUCAUAUUUCCCUUCUUGCCUAAUAGUAGGCCUAGGCAUAGGAUACUUUAGUUUGGCAGUAAAGCAUAGGCCACGAAGAGAUUAAUAAGGUUUUAAAGCCAUAAUUUAAUGAUAUAAAUGUAUCUUAAGUAGAUAAUUUAUCUAUUUGACUCCAUAAAAAAAAGCAGAGGUAAGGUUAAAAUUCAAAGUUUGUUUUCUCAUAUAUUUUUAUAUCAAUCGCAUCCGGGACAGAACGACACAAUUUUCGCGGGCAGGUAAAUCACGUCAGCAUGCGCGCGCAUAAAAAACAUUUUUGCACUAUGUUGGUCUUAUUACAGACAAUAAUUUACGUUUAAAUUCUGAAAUUGAUUUUGAAUUUCUUAUUUCGCUGUUGAGAAGGUUAAAUUCAUAAAUUGUGUUUAUAAAAUAGCUAUUAGAAAAACGAUUUGUCCUACAAAAACUUGGGUCAUAAUUUCGUGGGUUUCGAAUCAUGUAAGGUAUCUGUCGCUCAGGAGGAAUUUCGUUAAACAGAUAUUCUGGUGUUUUUGAUUGUAUUAACUGGAAAAAAUGGCAUAGUCUUCGAUUCCAUCUUCUGUCAUACAUAGACUCCAAUCCAAGUUCCUCAUAUAUUUUUUGCCUGCUGGUCCCUUUCCAGGAACCUGUGACAGCCAGACCCGCCGUAUACUGAGCUUGCUCAAUGCUUUUUGUGACAGUGGCUCUCAUAUCUGGGUCAAACUUGUGGUAUAUCAUGUCUCCAUAGUCUAGGUGAGGCCUAACGUAAAGCUUGUAAACUUGAUCUAGAACAUCUCUAGAAAUAUAUUUUGAGAGGUAUUUUAUGAGGCCAAUGCCCCUCCUAGCUUUUAUUACAGCUUCUUUAACUUGUGACUGAAAGUUUAGUUUAGAAUCUAAAAUUACUCCGGGAUGUUUGUGUUCAUUCUUUCUAGUAAUGACUUGAUUUCCUAGCUCAAUUGAGGGAUGAAGUGGUUGCUGUUUUGAGGCAGAAAAUAUAACUAUUUCUGUUUUAUCAGCAUUAAAUUCCAUUUUCCAUUGCCAAGCCCAUUUCUUGAUUUUGUCUAAGUCCUCGCUAAUCUUUAAAGCAGUCUAAGUUGCAUAAUUUACUAUAGAAAAGAGUGAUGUGUCAUCUGCAAAGAGCCUAACAUCACAGUUAAUAUUGUCUACUAUAUCAUUGAUAUAGAUUAAAAAAAGUAAAGGACCAAGUACAGAGCCUUGGGGUACUCCCGAUGAUACCAUUUGCCACUCAGAAGCCUGGCCGUUUAAGAUAACUCUUUGUUUGCGGUGAUGAAGAAAGUCUUCAAGAAGCAUGAGCAAGCUACCAGAAAUUUAAUUACAUUGUAAUUUGUAUAUUAACCCCUUGUGCCAGACUCUGUCAAACGCUUUUGACAGAUCCAGGAAAAUUGCCCGAGUCUCCUUACUAGGUACUUCCUCAAAUCCACUGUAGAUUUUAUGACUGAUCAACAGUAACUGGUUUAUAGUUGAAUCGCCUGAGCGAAAGCCAGACUGGUACUCAACUAUGAGCCUAUUGUCGCAUAAGUGACUGUAGAUGGUAUCGAAGAUAAGCUUUUCUAGAAGUUUUCCGAAAAUCGGUAAAAGAGAUAUUGGUCUGUAAUUCUUGUUCAACUGUCUGCUUUCCGUUUUAUGAAUAGGUACUACAUUUGAUUUCUUCCCAGCAGAAGGGUAUACUUCAGUUUCUAAACAUUUUCGAUAUAUCAUGCAAAGAGGCUCGAUAAUAGCCUAAUCGCAUAAUUUUAUCAUAGUUAUUGAGAUGCCGUCAUCACCAUGGGAUUUUUGUGGUUCCAAGGACCGUAAUAAUCGUAGCAAUUUGUCAGGAUCAAUGAACAGGCUCUCCAGUGUUACAUUACAUUUAGGUGCAAAAGGGGGAAGAGAACUGCUUCUUUCCACAGUACAACAUUGCGGUAAAAAAUAAUUAUUUAAAAUUGUAGCUUUUGUCUUAAUGUUUGUUACAAAGAGUCCAUUUUCUAUUAAAGGGGGGAUAGCUGCAAAAGCUUUUUUAUUAAGCUUCUGGCCUAAUUUUGAAUAAUAUUGUUCUUUUGCAGCCGUAAUCAUUUUAGAAGAUUCAUUGCGAACAACUUUUACUUCAUUCCAAUCUUCAGGUUUCCUCCCACGCUUCAAAUACUUAAUAUAUACCCUGUGUUUUCUCUUAAUCACUGUUCUAAUUUGAGAAUUAAACCAAGGAGGAUCUUUGUCAUUACAUUUAAUGGUUUUAUUAGGUAUACAUCGGGACAGUAUAGAAUGUAAUUAGCUAGUAAAGAGAACUGUCAUUUUAUUUGUACUGAGGCCGCGAAAUUCGUGUUCCCAGUCAAUACUUGCUAAUAUUGUUUCAAUCUUUAGAGGACAAGCUUUGGAGUACUCUCAAAUAGUGCGCUUGUAAGAAGGAGGGUAAGGAACUGAGAUGUUCAUUUUGCUAUAAAUAAUCUGAUGCUGACAAUGUUAAUCAAGGGAAGGAUAAAUACCCGAAUCAACAAAACAAUUUGGCUGGUUAGUGAUAACAAGAUCAAUGCAAGACAUUCCUCCUUCUCUAAUGUUAGUUGGAGUAUCUAUUAGUUGAUAGAGAUUAUUUAUUUCAAUAAGUUCGUCAAGCGCUGCUCCCUCAGGAUUUUCGACAUCAUCAGGCCACCACUGCACAGAUCUACAAUUAAAAUCACCUGUCAAGAUAAUUGAGUUAUGUAUUUCAUUUUGUACUUGAUCGACAAACACCUGCAAUCCGGCUAUGAAAUUUUCAAAAUCUAUGCUGUUUUGAUUUGGACUUCAAUACAAUGUAACAAGAAAUAUCUUUUUACGAGCAAUAUUCAUUUCAGAAACGAUAAUUUUUUGAAGGGUUUCAAGAUCACUCCUUCUCUUAAUGGUAAUUCCCUCACGAAAAUAUAAGCAUACGCCUC